AAAUGCCGUGCUGCCAGAUAAGCACAUACUCCUUAUUAUCUCAAACUGAUAAUGUUGUUGUUUCAAAUUAUGUUUAAACUGAUAAAAUAUAAAAAUUGGAAAAUAUGAAAAUUUAUUUUAAUUGUUUAAUCAGAAAAGAAGCAGAUUCAUAUAUAUGUGUUUUGUUUGCAAGUAGUCGUAAGCCCAAAAUGAUACAAUAAUUUUCCGGCAAGUAGCAAAUAAAUCAGCUGUUUGCAAAUGGAAUGUCAAAAUUUAUCAACAUAUGAUAAAUCAAAACACAAAGAUUAAUAAUACAAAAAAUUGUACGCGACUUUUUACGUUCCUAAACAACAAAGUUUUUGUCAAAUAAAUAGUGGCAACGGCAUAGAUAACCGUUCGGAAGUCAUCAUUAGAAAUUUAAUAUUUUCAAAUUUUCGACAGGAAUUGCGCUAUAUAGUUAACUGCUAUGGCAUUGCCUCCUUUUGAGCCACCUGAUGAAGAAGUCCCAUGGCGAAGAGAUGUGGAAUUUCCUGAACCUCCAUAUCGGCACUCUUAUGUGCUCUUCUGCAACAAAACAAAUCGCCAUAUCAAUUUGUAUUGGUUCGACAACGAUGAGACUAAAUAUCAUACCUCAUUAGCGCCAGGACAGCAGGUUAAAACCAAUACUUACACGCAUCAUCCUUGGAUAUUUUGUGAUAGGGAUAGUAAUGAAUUAAUGUGUGUGACUAAUCUACCUAGAUAUUGGCCAAAUCCAUACAAAAUGCGCGAUCCAAAUAAUCCUGCACGUAUGGUGCCGUGUCGUAAAGAGAUUAGAAUACAAUAUCCCCUACGUACAUUACGCGAAAGUUGCCUUUGCCGAAUUGUAAAUACAUUGAAUCCUUUGCAUCCAAUAGCGGCGGUCAAGAUCAUUGAAGAGCGUAUGUCUAUACCACAUAUUUUAAAAAGAGAACUAAAAAGACGUUUAAGACGACCACUUGGGACCGAACCAAUCAAUGAGGUGUGGAUGAAUAACAUAGUUGUAAAAUAUAAUAUACCAAGAAACCAAUAUAGAUUUUAGAUUAAGUAGAAUAAUAAAUUUCUUAUCUCUAAUGGUAUAUAUUAUAUAUAUAAAUAUAUGGAUGUGUACUUUAAAGUUGCUAAAAGCAUUAAGGUAUUUUUUUUUUGUAAUAUUUUCAUUUAAUAAAUUCGCUUUUAAGAUUUUAUAUUAAUUACAGUUCGAAAAACUCGUGACACAAAUAUUUUCAUGCUCAUUUUCUUCACUUGAUACAUAUAUGUAUAUAUCUUUGUAAUUUUCAAUUCGUAACUACCAUAUAUAUACAUAAGUAUGAAUUGCAAGGUCAUAUUGUAUAAAAUAAAAACAAAUGUAAUCGUAUAUACAAAUUUGUCAGUUUAUUGGCUUGAAUGCAGUUACUUAUAUUCCUUGUGUGAAAUUUGAUAUUCUGUAUACUUUAAAUGUAUUAUAUAUAUUGUUUUCAGUAUAGUAAAUUAAUUUUAUAAUAGUCGCUGCUGUUAUAGCAGAAUUUUUGAUUUCGUAAUUUAUCUUCACUUUCUUUUAUUUAUAUAAUUUCGUAUAGAAUAUCUUUAAACUUAUAGUAAAGUAAAUAACUUGUAGAUAAUACGCGCCACAUACAUUUUAUGCAUUAAUACAUAUUAUUCAAUAUAUCCAAGACUUAUAUCUUAAAUGUCGCUAGAAUCCGUAAAAUAUAUGUAAACAAUUUUCAAAUCGAA